AUGACGGAGCUCGAAUUUUCCGCUGAUAAUGUAACACCAGCCGUUCCGAUUACUGCUAUGUGCAUUGUGGCUGACAAGAGCAAAGCUCCUCGCGGAUUUGUACCUAUAGUAAAAUGUCAAGAUGAUCAAGGAGAAGCAGAUCUUUGGCGAGACGGAUUUUUCACGAUUAACCGCCAGGUUCGAUACAUAUGCACCAGUACCGAAAUUCCCGACUCAAACAUUAGGACUCCCGUGCAAGUAAUAACAAAUCUCAUAAUUGUUCGCGAAUCGGAUCCAAUUCCCCAUGGUUAUGUCGCCAUCGAUUAUACCGCAGAUAGCAGAGAGAAGUCACUACGGAAGAAGUAUGUGUGCAUUCGAACAGAGCCUCGUGAUCGUGUCGUCGAUGCAAUUGGAGAAAUCAUAAUUCUAGGGAAAACCAAAAAAGUUCCAAGAGAUUACACAUCUGCAGGAGACAUUGAUUCUUUGCUCAUAUGUUACAAAGUGAUUCCCAUUCCGCAGACGUAUGGAAUUCAAACCAGCAAUAGUACAUCGAAUCUCGAAACGCAACAGCAAUCCACGGGAGGUCUCUAUCCUGGCCUCCCGAAUCUUUCCAGCUCCACGCCUGCCAAUCUUGAUGUAACGGGAGCUUCUGGCAGUACGGCUUUCACUAUGAAGAACGUCGGUGCGCCAAGAGUAAAGGCCAUAGACGGAAUCGACUUCAAAGUGAAUCCAAUGUUCGUCCGUACAGAUUCAUCUGACGGGUCUUCGAAACUCCCUGAUCUCUCCCAAUUCACUCAUUUAGACCAAAAUCGUCUUGAAGACAAGUACAAUUAUAGUUUCGCCACCGAACACUCUGUGCUUUCAUGA